AAAAGCACACGUCGCAAUGUUCACGGUAUAAGGCGCUGACAUCUCUUAUAAAUGUGAGCAUCGAAACAAGAUGGCCUCCUUCAAAGACUGGCUAACAGUGACGUGGACGCAAAGUGGUAUGCACUUGCAGCCGGACGCCGGCAACGAUGAUGACACCGACUCGGUUAGAGGACGUUACGGGAGAGCUGGUAGUCUAGCAGUUACUCCUGGAGAAAAAUUGAUGGAAUUACUUCGUCCGAGUCUCGGCACGCCACGUCGCCACUCGACCGCAGCCUGUGCCCCGGCACAGCCGAGGCCCUCUGGCUUCGUGUACUGCCCCUCAGACGCGUUACCUUAUUGCCCUCCGUCGAGAUUCGCUCCGCCCAGACCAGUAAAUAAGUUGCCGCCACCACAGAUACAGCAGCCUCCUCAACCUCCACCAGUACCGCAAAGAACUGCUCCAGUAGUGGUACCGCUGCCCGUCCCACCCCCGGCGCCCCCUCGACGUUCCUCACCACAGCCCCCUCGUCGGGCACCACCACCAACGCCUCCCCGGCCAGUGCCGGCAGCACCCAUUACAACAGUCCCCACAGUCACAGACCCCAAUGGAAACAAGCGACCUACGCCAAUACCGCCCCAGCCAUUACCAGCUCAACCGAGACUCGACUGCAAUAGGAAUCCACAACCACCCGUCCCGAGACGACCGCCCCAAAAGAUGCCAGAUACUCCAUACACACCUGCACCAUUACCACAAAAUAAUCAAGUGAAGCGAUCGCCAAGUUCAGGAUCGAACAUCAGUGUCAGACAAGACUCAAACGUUUCAUCCGAUUCGUUUAGUCAGACAUCAUCUCCGUCUUAUACAACGAAGACUAUGGAAGCGCCUCUGCUGCCUCACCAGCACGUUAACAAGAGCCUCAACGCAAAGAUAGCGAGAGGGCUAUUGCUCAAAGAGCAACAAGAGAAAGAGGCGGGCAACUCUUCGAUCACAAAGAGCAUGUCAACACCAGCCUCGUUACAGACGAUAGUUAGGUUCCAGAAUGGAAGCAACAUGUCGUUACACCACAGGAUGUUCCGAGACAAACGUAGCUCGAGCACUGGGAGCUCAGUCCACAAGUUCCGCGCGGUUCAACUCGCGGUGAACGCGAUCGUUCUACUCGCGAUCACAGGCGCGUUUUUCGCCUACUUCAACGCUAAUCCCGCUGUUCAGUACGUGUCACAAGUCGUUAACCGGUCGACGGUGGUCACGUGGCCAGCGCCUACUGAGCCACCAGGAGCAAGGAACCCAGCGCCAGGCGUCUGUUUACCAGUCAUCGUUACAUUUUGCCAGCAGCAUCACAUCUCGUACAACUUCACUGUGUUCCCAAAUUACAUCGGACAUUUCGGGCAGAGGGACGCACAGCAGGAUUUAGAAAUUUACGACGCUGUUGUCGACGUCCGCUGCUAUGAGCUCACGGCGCUCUUUCUGUGUUCAAUCUUCGUGCCCAAGUGUGGCCCUUUGGGUCAUAUGGUUAGACCGUGUAGGAGUCUUUGCCAUGAAACAAUGCGUCGAUGCGGUUUCUUCCUGGAGGUGUUCGGCUUGUCGAUGCCUGAUUAUUUGCAAUGCGAAAUAUUUCCUGAAUCAACUGACACAGACGUCUGUCUCGGCAACCGAGAGGUUAAGGAAGCGCGUUUCAGAGCGUCUAAACCAGUAUGUCCAACCGGAUUUCAAUGCGACAUGAACCGCUGCAUCCCUCACGACUGGCGCUGCGACGGUCACGUGGACUGCGCUGAUCGUUCCGACGAGCUCAACUGUCGCGUCUGCAAGCGAAGCGGAGAUGUGCACUGCGGGAACCAGCGCUGUAUCUCUCAAUCUCAUCUCUGCGAUGGGAAGAUUGAUUGCCCCUGGGGCCAGGAUGAGAGGAACUGUUUGCGUCUCAGUGAAGCUAACGGUGACGUCGGUAGUGGCGAGCUGCAGGUAUACCGCGCAGCCAAUCAGUCGUGGUUCCCCGCUUGCAUCACGACGCUGGACGAACCCACAGCCGCCAAACUCUGCUCUAUGCUCGGAUACUCCUGGGUGAACCGAAGCACGGCGGUGAACUCGGCGGGCGCUCGCGCCGGUCGCGGCCACGCGCACGUGCACGGCGUGGCGCAGUCCUACCGCGCCUUCCAGCGGAGCGAGGGCGGCCUGCUGCGGGAGCUCAAGGACUGCCGACACGACACCAGCAGAGUGCACCUCGUGUGCAACAACUACGAAUGUGGCAAGCGUCGUACCAUCGGUGCUGGAAGAAAGCGAAUCGUGGGUGGUGUAGAAGCCUCACCUGGCGACUGGCCUUUCUUGGCUGCCAUACUCGGUGGACCGGAAGAGGUGUUCUACUGCGCUGGAGUCCUGGUAGCUGAUCAGUGGGUGCUCACUGCUUCGCAUUGUGUUGGCAAUCAUUCAGACGUGAACGGCUGGACGAUACAGCUGGGCAUCACACGGAGACGCUCCCACGCGUAUUACGGGCAGAAGGUGAAGGUUCGGAGAGUCGUUCCACAUCCUCUAUACAAUGUGGGAGUUGCCCAUGACAAUGAUAUCGCCUUGUUCCAGCUGGCGGUUCGCGUUCGGUAUCACGAGCAGCUCUCCCCAGUGUGUCUGCCGCCUGCUCAGCGCGCGCUCGCUCCCGGCACUCUGUGUACCGUCAUCGGCUGGGGCAAGAGGGACGACAAGGACAUGUCAGAAUACGAGCCGGCAGUGAACGAGGUCGAGGUACCUGUGCUGAACCGCGACCUCUGCAACCAGUGGCUCGAACAUCGCGACCUCAACGUCACCGAGGGUAUGAUCUGCGCCGGAUACCCGGAGGGCGGCAAGGACGCUUGCCAGGGCGACUCCGGCGGUCCGCUACUCUGCAAGGACCCAGAUGAUUCGUCGCGCUGGUACGUCGGUGGUAUUGUGUCAUGGGGCAUCAAGUGCGCUCACCCGCGCCUGCCGGGCGUAUACGCGUACGUACCUCGCUAUGUUCCGUGGAUCAUGCAUCAGAUUCGUCUGUACGACGACGAACACGCGCGCUCCGACGACGAUUGA